AUUCGCUGCCAUCAGUCUGAUGUUUUUCAAGUAGAAAAGAUCAACCCAAACGAUGGGUAGACCCCCAGUUUUACGAUAGCGUGUUAUCGUAAUAGAUAGAUUGUUAUGGUAAUGUGCUAUUGUUUAUUUAAUUGAGGGGAAAGGCGCCAAUUGCAUGAAUUGGUCGUGUUUGUAUUUAGCUAUACGUUUCGGUUCCUCUUUUUGUGCCGCAGUCUCAGCGAAACCAACGUUAGCUGGCUAGCCUAGUGAUUGCUGGUCUUAGCCAUUUUUUCUAACGUUAUCCCUAUUCGCAGGUUUGAAGGUUAAUUCUUAAUUUCGCAUCUGAUCCUUGUUAAUGUCAAGGGACGUGUUUUCUUUACCAUGCCCUUUGUCGGGAUGGAUUAGCGCUGUGUUGCUCUAAGAUCCACUGAUGGUAAUGACGUUAGCUGUUUGGUUAGCGAGCUUAUCGUAGUUAAAGUUAGCUGUUCCUUCAGCUUUUGCUAGCUUGCUAAUCAGCACCGGAGCGUGAAUUUUGCUGUCAGGUAAGCGUGCUUUUACAGUUGGUUGUCAAGAGCUGGCACUUAUAGGUUUUCACUGACUGUGUUAUGCUAACGUUCGGUUGAAAUAGCUAAACCACUGCCUAACUUAAUGUUAACUUAACUUGCACGCAUCUAAACAGCCGUAGAACUUCUGUCAACAAUUUCAAGCAAAUAGCUAACAAGCAGUGACGUUAGCAUACCGCCUGGUUACUUGUUUAAAACUGAAAAGGUUUGAUUUACUAAUAGUUAAUCUCGCGACAAUAAACAUAAUAGUAAACAUUCUUAUAACCGGAUAAUUAAAUUAACCUUAACUGACGAGCACAUUGCCGAAUAUUAUUUCUUAAGAUGUCUCUGUGUGUGUGUGUCUGGCCUUAAAAUCACAAUCGUCAGCUGUUGCACCUCAGUGUCAGUAGCAAAUUCUAUAUGAUCAAAGUUGUGUGCGUUUGCCUGAUAUACUGGCUGGUGUGUUGAGGUAGUAGCCUUGAAUUGGUGCCAGGCAGUGGGCAGGAGAGAAGGGUUGGGGGGUAAAGAGCAUUGAAGCGCACACAGGCUCUUUGUGCCAAGGGUUUGCCCCCCUUCACCACCGACGCAUCACCACAUCCUGUCUGCUUUCCACCUCUGCUCACAGCCAUGACAACUCAAAGAGACCCCGACACGGUGAACCUCCGGCUCAUCCUGGUCAGUGGUAAAACACAGGACUUGACCUUCUCCCCCAACGACUCUGCCACAGACAUCGCCCGCCAUGUCUUUGAGAACUGGCCUGCAGGUUGGGAGGAGGAGCAGGUGAGCAGCCCCAACAUCCUGCGCCUCAUCUUCCAGGGUCGCUUCCUGCAUGGGAACGUCACGCUUGGAGCUCUCAAGUUGCCCCCUGGCAGAACAACUGUCAUGCACUUGGUUGCCAGAGAGACCCUGCCGGAGCCCAACUCCCAUGGCCAGAGGAACCGGGAGAAGACCACAGAGAGCAGCUGCUGUCUAUUGUUGUGAAAAAACAGAAGAAAAUUAAAGAAAUUAUCCAAAAAGGACCCAGCUGUAACCACAUCCAUACUCCCUUCCCUGUCCAUUUCAGCCUUCACCCCACGUAGGUCUGUCAGUCUGUUCACCAUAGUGUGUUUUUGAGGUGAUUUUUGUCUGAGAACUUUCAGUGGAAUGGACUGGAUCCUGCAUAUUUCUUACACACUUUUUUUUUGUUGUUCUUUUUGUGCCAAGUAUUAAUAUCAGAUAUUUUGUGGCGUUGCCAAAAUUUGCAUUGGGAUUUUACUCUGAACUGUGUGGAGGAAGAGGAAAAAAAAUGCACAGAAUGCUGCCAACAGAAGCCCCAACCAUGACGAGGUGAUGGGGGAGAGGAGGAGAUGACCAAGCAGGAGCUGCUCUGCGCCGACAGGAAGUCUGCCAUGCAAACGUUCCCUGCUCAAGGACAAGAGUGCGCCUCACCCAUAUGGAGGAAUUUCUUUCUUUCUCUGUUGUGAUGGCCCACACACAUAGGGACUACAAAUCAUGCUUCUAACGGUCGUUACGAAGCAUGUGUGUGUGUGUGUGUGUGUGUGUGGUCUGUAGUGAGAGACCUUGGACUGCACUUAUCUUGGAACUUCAUCUGAACUUAUUGUGUGUGUGUUUCAUGGUCUUAAUCUCACAACAUAACCCUUUCCCCCCCUCACACCAGUAUGUCGUUCUAGACUUGCCUGUUAGAGAGUGCCAUGUGUCACAGCACCCCCUCCAAAUAGGACUCUGCCUUUAGGUGUAACUUAGAACCUUCUGAAGGACACUUGUUUGCAGUGAAGAUUAUUGAAUGCCUGAUCUGUGAGGGGUGGUUUCCUUGGAUCUGGACCAAGUGCAGAAGGAAAAGGUUCUGAGGGUCUUGUUUAAAAAAAAAAAAAAAAAGAUUAGUAAAUGAAUUAAGUGAAUCAAGAGGUGGUGUUGGUGUAUACGACAGUGUCGACACCGAUGCAUGGCCUGGUCGUAUAAGUGUUUUAUCACUUUGGUGUGUGUGUGUGUGUGUGUGUGUGCGCGGGUGUGGUUGUAUGCAAUUUCUGGCCUUGAACCCCAGGAUAUCCUUUCGUGAAGUGCAGUGAAGAUGUGUGAUUGCAUGAAUCAACUGCCGGGAUGGCCAUGGUGCAAAACAAACGACAACAAAAAAAAAGAGACAAAAA